ACGAUUUUAAGGAGUGGAGCCUAGUACCACGACAACGGUACUGGUCCAUCACCUAGGGUACUGACGAGUAUAAGUUCGUUUGUUGUGAGCUGAGAACACGCAAUGACUCACGAAUGAGGUUGCAAGAUGUCGGUUAAGAAGGAGACGCCCCUGGCUAAUGCUGUCUUCUGGGCAGCUCGUAAGGGAAACUUGGCCUUGCUUCAGUUGCUGCUCAACAGUGGACGUGUGGAUGUUGACUGCAGAGACAGUAAUGGAACCACAGCGCUGAUGGUAGCCUCCUUCAGUGCCCACUAUGAUUGUGCCAGGGAGCUGAUCAUGCAGGGAGCAGACAUCAACCUGCAGAGAAAGACAGGCUCCACUGCUCUCUUCUUUGCUUCUCAGCAAGGACACAAUGAAAUUGUGAAGCUUCUUUUUGAGUUUGGUGCCUCUACUGAAUUACAGACUAAGGAUGGAGGCACAGCCCUCUCGGUUGCUUGUCAGUGUGGCCAUUCUAAGGUGGUGGAGACCCUGCUGAAGAAUGGAGCCAAUGUUCAUGACCAGCUGCAUGAUGGCGCCACCCCACUUUUCCUUGCUUCUCAAGGGGGUCACUUGACUGUAAUUCGUCAUCUGCUGUCCUCUGGAGCCAAAGUGAACCAUUCUAGGGAGGAUGGCACAGCACCUAUUUGGAUGGCAGCCCAGAUGGGACAUGAUGAUGUAGUAAAGGUUUUACUUCUGCGUGGUGCAGAUCGAGAUGCUUACAGAAAUGAUGGUUCUACUGCAUUAUUUAAAUCAGCUUUCAAAGGACACAAUAAUGUCAUUGAGGAGCUCCUGAAAUUCUCCCCUUCACUAGACCUUCUGAAGAAUGGCUCCACAGUCCUCCAUGCAGCUGUCACAGGUGGGAAUCCCAGUAGUGUAUCGCUUCUGCUCAGGGCCAAAGCAGAUCCAACAUUACCUAACAAGGACAAUAAGCUGCCAGCUGAUCUUACAAAGAGUGAAGACAUCCUGAUGGCCCUCCAUCAAAAAUCUUUAAAUGAUCAGUAAGAUACUCUCAAUAUGGAGUAAGACAUAACUGAAGUUCGGUAGAAGAAUACCACAUCUGAACUCUUCCCUUUCCCCUAAUCUCCUUCCGGAUAUAUACUCCUCAGUUUCUCCUGUCAUCGUGUUUACGUUCUUAUUUCGAAUGCUGAUGCUCCCUGCUACAAUCUACAAUGGAACAUUUCUGGAUUGGAUAUCUCCUACUUUGAUCACACCAGACCAUGGACAUCGUGGACAUACACCACUCUGAUGACGAGUUUUCCCUCCCAGCAGGAACGGCUAAUCCAGAGACCCUCCGAUGCAGGCGCAUCUCCGAGACGCCUUGUUCCGUUUCCAACCCAGCUCUGGGAUCCUCCGUUGCCCUGGGUAUCACGGCUCCCCCAGGCCCAUAGACUCUGGAAGUCAGCCGCCUCGCUCACCCCCUUCGCAAGAUUCCGAUGUCGCUCCCUCGGGUUCCGCGGUAGCAGGAUGCCCUGCUCCCAGAUCUCUUCCGGUUUGUCUUUCCCCUCUGCUCCACGACAUAAAGCUUCGCCAGCUCCACGGUCACCCAUCUCAGAACUUUUGCCCUACGCUCCCUUCCAACUGGACUGUCACAGAUCCCAAGGUGCGGCUGUUAGAAUUAUGCUUCAGUUCUACCCCACGCUGCAAAGGCUCCAGACGCCACAGCACCUCUCCCUUCAAGUGUCUCCUGCUUCUGAUGACAUCAUUGUGUCCAACGUCUUUCAGCGUAUUGUCCCCUCCCCCCUUCUCUAGUCCCCAGGCCCAGGCUCCUCACGCUGUUCUCUCCACACUCCCAGCCCUGUUCUCUGCCUUCAUCGCCUCCCUGGUCUCCCAACACCUCUGCGCCAAUGCUGGGCACCACCCUGGAUCGCUCUAAUUUCCCCCUGCCCUUCAAUCAUUCCCUUCCUGUGGCGUCCACUGGGCCCUACCCGGUUCCCCCCUCCCCUCUCUGUCUCCUCUUUCCCUGCCUGCAGGUGGUGCCCCUCCAAUGCUCCCCCCGACCUUGCGGCCAUCUCCUCUGCCGCAGCCCAGUCUGGUCCUGUCUCCCCGUGUUCCCCCCUUCCAGUCCAGAUCCUCCACCUGGAACCCUCCCGGCGCCAGGAACUAACAGCACCCACGUUUUUCUGACACUUUCUGAAUAUCUCAUUGUAAUAAAAGAGAAAAGACAAUGGUUGACCUGUCUUUACAUUACUUCACGUUCUCCACUGGAAGUCUGUCAGUGCCCCAUUCCUUGGCCAGUGGUUCAAAGAAUUGACAUGCCUAGUUCCUGAUAAAAAUUACUCAUAUAGUGUCAAAUAAAGCUUUGGAGUUAACUGAUAUUUGGGAUAUUUUUUCUUCCACAAACCAGUAAUUUACUAAAAGCUUUGGGCUUGGAAAACUAGUGUUGUAAAACGUAAUUUUCAUCAUAUUUUGUAUCAGGUCUCAUGUUGGUUAUAGAAAUGCAAUCCACAUAUACUUGUACCACAUUACAGCACAUGGUAAUGAAUUUUAUUAUUGGAAAUGUGAGGACUCAUAUUUACAUAUACCUCUUUUCAACUUAUCUUUUUGUUGUUUUGUUCAUAGGUUGUUUGUUGUGCUUGUCAUUUUUCUAUAGGGAUUCAGUGGGUGUGAAAAAGUGCAGUGCCGUUUCCGAAUGUCCUUGUUAGCGCUAAUAUUGUUUUGGAAGUCAACUACAUUCAAUGAGGAGAAUAUGUUGUUUCUUGUGUGACACUGCAUGUUAUUGUCUUGCAAGGCUACAACCAGGCCAUGUAAAUAAUAAAAUAUAAUUUCAAAUGAUAAAAUAAUUUAAGGAACUGUUAUAUGUGUAACAUGAGUUAUAUGUGUAACAUGAGUUAUCUUGAAUGCAAGUUAUCUUGAAUGGUGUUGCUAUGCAGUCUCCUACAGUAAAACAUAGGGCAGGUAAGCUGAUGUUUAUUCAUUACAUUUCUUAUGCAUGAUGUUUGCCAGUAAAGCAUUGUAAUUUCUGACAAGUUAUUCAUGUGUAUGCAUACUGCAGCCUACACAGUUACUACAACUAUCUGAAGUGCAAGGCAUCAUCAUGGAUGGAUAACUAAAUGUAAUAAUUAAAAGUGCUUUGAUGUCAGAAGACUCUGGAGCAGUUUGGGAUGUUGCCUAUCAGCUCUGCUAAAUAACAUCUUGAUCUGCAGUCGAAU